AUGUGGCAUUAUUCUUCAACAGUGCCCUUUUAUAACAAGAUUUGUCCAAGAAUUUUUUUUCCUUUCUUUCAACAUAAUAGUUUCCGUCCUCUGUUAUUCUGCGUUUUGUACUCUUUCCCUUUCAUAUUUGCUUUCUUUCUUUCUAUCUAUCUAACUAACUAUCUAUCUAUAUAUCUAUCUAUCAGCAUCAGAAAUAUUUUGGGAUCCUCUUUACAUUAUUUUUUGUUGUUUUUUUUCUUUCUUCUUCUUCUUCUUCUUCUUCUUCUUCUUUCGUUUAUAUCUUCAUUUUCUCCCUUUCACCGCCUCCUUGAUUAUCUCCGUCUUCUCUUUCUCUUUUUUCUUUAUUUUUCUCCUUUAUCUAUACUUUUUUCUUCAUUUCUCCCUCUCCCAUUUCAUAUGAUUCUUCUUCUUCUUCUUCUUCCUCUUCUUCUUCUUCUCUUACUCCUCCCUGAUCCUCCUUUCUUCUUCUUCUUCUACUUCUUUUCCCUUCUUUACAUUUUCUUUCCUCCUUUUCAAACUGAUUUUUUCUUGUCCCCUCUAGUCGUCUCUAGUGUUUUCAUAGACUUAUUCAAACCUUCUAUCUCUUUUUUUCUCUUACUAAUCAUUCUUUUUCAUUUUCUUCCUCAUUUAUUCUACUUUCUCUCUUUCUCUCUCUUUUCUAAUCAGUCAAUCAAUUUGCAUUCAGAAUCAUCUCAUUCUCAAUCUUAA